CACAAAUAAGAUGCGCACAUUCAUUCUAUCUCCGCACACAGAAUUCUUAGGUUAUUCCAAAAUCCAAAUUACCUGAAAUCAAAUGGCUCUGCGGAUUCAUGUUAUUCCCACACCAAGGCUCUUCUCCUCCUCCUCCUCCACCCCCAUCACCACCCACCUCUUCUCUGCAAGGCUCAACACGCGAAUCUCAUGCACCAAGAAUAACAAUAACAACAGCAGCAACAAGGGCAUUAGCGACGCCACACUGGCCACAGAGCUAGGCAUCAGGAUUACCGGCAUCAGAAGCCGGGUGAAGCAGACUGAGCAAGCCAUAAACAAGAGCCGCCACCUCCUCUUCCGCCACCUCUGCGAGUACAUGGGUCUCAACGAAGACAACGCCAAACUCCAAUGGACCAAAAUGGAAGAUAGCCAAAAAUGGGCAUUGGUUCAAGGCUUUGUCGCCGAGUGGGGUGCACUCUUUCACCCAUUGUCCGCAAGGUCCACUAAAGACAUGGUCGAGGAGUAUCUUAAACAAGGGAAUGGGACUGGGACUGGGGCUGGGAACCCAUCUACAGAUUCAGCUUCUGAUUCACUGGUUCAUUUCGUGGAAUCAAGAGGAUGAUUGGUUUCUCAGAGAGAACAUGAGUUUUCCAGAACUAGUUGGGAGUUAAGAUGUUCUUGUUGGUUAGAAUUUUUGUUUCUUUUUUUACAAAAUUAGCUCAGGAAAACAAGAAAAUUUGAUUUGAUCCAAAAGAAAUCCAUGAGUUGUGAGUUGUGACC